AGGAAUCUAGUACAGAUAAAAUUGUGGGUAGAAGGAGAUUUCGUGAACUUCGUCAGCGCAUGCAAACAGAAGAUGAUGAUAUUCCCAUUAACAGUUCCCCUCCAGAUAGUCAAACAUCAUCCAUCGAGGGUGUAUAUCCUGCUCCUUCAAAAACAACUCAUCCAUUUAGAAUCAUUGAACACGAUACUCUUAGCCUACAAAGUAUGACCUCUUUAGGACGAGUGGGUCGAAUUUUAGCUGGAGUUGGGGACAAUGCUUCUGCUGUACUUGUAACAAAUGUAACCCAGUGUCCUCCUUCUGCCAUCCUUACCCGUGAUAGCCAGAUGUCCUCCAUUGCUAGUAUUCCAAGCAAAGACGAGGACACAGCAUCUGAACCUGAUGUCAUCGCUAGUACAAAGAAUAAUGGAAAGUCCAAUGAAGAUACUGCUGUGGUUGGAAUACCCGUUGCACCACCUAGACGUAAAAAAAAGACAAAAGUUCAGACACCUACUGACCUUGCUCCUUCUACAACAGAAUCGGUACUACCAGCUUCUCCAUUACCAAGUCCAGCAAGUACUAUUGAGUCCAUCACUAGAGAAUUUGAACACUCACUUGACAUUCGAUCUGCUACAAAAGGACAAUAUGUUGUUAAACCACAAGAUGAAGACAAGUCAAAAGCUGAAGGGCCUUCGGCGGAAGAAUUAGAAAGAAUAGAAAGAGUGAAAGCUGAAUUAAUGAGUGUGAGAUCAAGUGAUAAAUCAAAUAGUCCAUUGGGAUCUAUGUCUAGUAACAGCAUUGGCCGUUACUCCUUAGGCCCUCAUAAGCUUUCCGGUUUGAGUCCUCCAGGUUCAAAGGAAAGACGAAAAUCUGCUGGUGAUCAAGAUAUGGUGAAACAGUUAAACAUGUUUGUAAGAACAAGAACAGAUUCUGGAAAACGUUUAACAGACAUGGAAAUUUUAGAACAAGUAACUGUACUAAACUUAGACACUGGUGAAAGAGUGCCAUUAAGUAUAGCGGAAGAUAAAUUACCACAGUGUAUUAAUCCUUUGUCGCUUCAUAUUAUGAGACUCACUUCAGAAUAUAUAAGUAAUUCUAGUCUCGAGAAGGAGAAGGAAAGUGACGAGGAAAGCGUUGACAGUAAAAUGUCCAGUAUACCACCAGACGAAGAUGUGGCUGUUGGCAGAGUUCGAAAGAGGACUCAAAAGUUGAAACGAUUCUUAGGAUCCACUGUAAAAAAAACGAUGGACAAAGCCAAAUCUAUCGCCCAAGAAGUAUCUCAUGCAAGACACAAGGAAGACGUUAUGGAUAUAGUAGAUGAAGUUUAUCCUGGUGAACAGCAAUGUAUUAAAUUGAAAGCAUCUAAUAGUCAUAAAGGACCAUACGAAUUCAGUUGCUUACGGCAUGUGCAGGACUUGAGUGGGGAACAUGUGGGUCCCGUUUGGUGUAUGAAAUUUUCUGCUUGUGGACGGCUACUUGCUACAGCAGGACAGGAUCGAGUUUUAAGAAUUUGGGUUUUGCGCGAUGCUUUCACAUAUUUUCAAGAUAUGCGAACUAAAUACAACGCUGAAAAAGUUAGUCCAACUCCUUCGCAGGAAUCUUUGGUCUCGCAACAGUCUAUGGAAGAUCCCAACGUUGUGGCUAGUGCCUUCAGUGAAAUAGAAGGGACGAAAGGACCUUUUAUGCCGAAGCCAUUUUGCACUUACACCGGUCAUACCUCAGACUUGCUCGACGUAUCAUGGUCUAAGAAUUAUUUCGUUUUGUCUUCGUCGAUGGAUAAAACUGUGCGGCUCUGGCAUAUAUCGCGGAAGGAAUGCCUGUGUUGCUUCCAACAUAUUGAUUUCGUUACAGCAAUAGUAUUUCAUCCUCGGGAUGAUCGAUACUUUCUAUCAGGGUCUUUGGACGGUAAACUUCGACUUUGGAAUAUUCCGGACAAAAAGGUCGCCGUGUGGAACGAAGUUGAUGGACAAACUAAAUUGAUUACCGCCGCAAACUUUUGUCAGAAUGGAAAAUUUGCGGUGGUAGGUUCGUACGAUGGCCGAUGUAUAUUUUACAACACGGAUCAGUUAAAAUAUCACACACAGAUACACGUACGAUCGACGAGAGGGAAGAAUUCGACAGGAAGAAAGAUCAGUGGUAUCGAGCCUAUGCCAGGCGAAGACAAGAUCUUGGUCACCUCAAACGAUAGCCGCAUCCGUCUGUACGAUUUGCGAGAUUUAAAUUUGUCGUGCAAAUAUAAAGGUUACGUUAACGUUAGUAGUCAGAUUAAAGCGAGUUUUAGCCCUGACGGGCAGUAUAUAGUUAGUGGUUCGGAAAAUCAGUGCAUUUACAUCUGGAAGACCCAUCAUGAUUAUUCGAAAUUCUCGAGCGUACGUAGAGAUCGAAAUGACUUUUGGGAAGGUAUAAAAUCUCACAAUGCUGUAGUGACAUGCGCAGUGUUUGCACCAAAUCCGGAUAGUAUUAUAAAACAGAUCGAAGAGAGGGAGCAAUGGGAAAGUAAAGAAGACGCAAAGAAUCUAGCUAGUUCAACCGUAGAUGUUCCUCCCGUUGAUCCUGUGGUUGAACAGCGCACCAAAGGCUGUGGUGGCCAUGUUCUCGUAAGCGCCGACUUUAAUGGUUGCAUAAAGGUUUUCCUAAACAAGACGAAACCUAAGCACAGUUCCCUACCAGCUUCUGCUCUUGCAUAACACCAUACUGAAUUCAUCUGUGCACUAUUGUUAAUGACUAGAAAAUACUAAGAA